AUGAGAAGAUACCCAGACAACUCACACGACUGGUCCAAGCCAAUGCCGUUCUCUGACCGCCAAUGGAAGGCCUUGAUAUCUUUCAUCUCGCGGUCCUGGUUCCGCCGACUCUGGGUAUGUCAAGAAAUCCUACUGGCGGGCAAAGACACGAUUAUCCUGGUAGGAGACACCAGCAUGCCUUGGCUGCACUUCAGGAGCGCUUUCGAGAUAAUUGCCUCAAAAAGAGACGCAUUGGCUGGCACUGUCGACAUCCAUACCACGGUCGAGUUUUCCAAUGCUCGCAGCUUUUCACUCCUUCGACAAUUGAAGGACUUUUUCUCUCUCGUAGCCUACACACACGCCUGUGAGGUAACGGAGCCGAGGGAUAGAGUCUUCGCCCUAUUGGGUCUCGCAGAGGGUGGCUUCACUAGCGAAAUUGUGGUUGAUUAUAGAAAGGACGUCAAGGACGUCCGUCGCGAUGCUUUGGUUCGAGCGUCGACGUACCAUCAGGAUCUCAAGUUGAUGUCGCUGUGCGACUCGGCGUCUGAACCGACAUGGAUCCCCGACUUGGAGCGGAUACAGCUCCAGCGGCCCAUAACUUACGGUUGA